AGGGAUCCCGUCGAUCUAAAUCUUACAUAUACCGAAAGCGUCGGCAAUCUGAUGUAGUGCAUCGCAGAUCCACUCCACUACCGGUACUCUUCAGUCUCUCACGAUGGUUACCAUGAAUCAUAACUAUACCAAGGGCCAGAUGAUAGGUCUGGCCUUGGGUUUUAUGAUACCUCCUGUUCUAUUUGUUGGACUUCGUCUGUGGGCGAAGACUCUUUCGGCCAAACGUCUUGCGUGGGACGACUAUCUCACGAUCGCAGCGCUCCUGGUAUCCAUCACAUGUUGUGCCUUGCAGUUAGCCACUGCAAUGCAUGGCCAUUUGGGGCAGCACCAACCCCAAUAUCCAGAUGGGUCGCCAAUCAUGGACGAUCCGGGAUUGAUAUUUUUUGAAGAGACGAAAUUCGCUAUCAACUGUGUCUCCAUCCUCGGCCUCGGGCUCAUCAAAUCCUCCAUCCUCGUUUUAUACAAGAACAUCUUCCGUGUUCGCAAGUUCCAGCUUGUCAUUUACGGAAUGCUUGCGUUCGUAAUCGGAUGGACGAUCAGUUUCUUCUUCUCACACCUGUUUACCUGUUUCCCCAUCACGGUCUUCAUCGAACCAUACUACGGCAACAAAUGCGUGAAGACGGUGCCGAUGUUCAUGGCGCUUUUAUUCACGGAUGUCAUCGCCGACGUUGUUAUCCUCGUUUUGCCGAUCCCCAUGAUCUUAAGCAUACAACUGCCGAUGAAGAAGAAGUUGGCAGUGAUCGGAAUGUUGGGUUUGGGUGCCGCCGUAUGCGCUGUCAGCAUCACUCGCGUCGUGGCAACGUAUGCGAUUGCCGAAGAAUACAUCAAACAUUCAAACGACGUUAUCUACUACACCGCUCCCGUCUUCUUCUGGACCAAUAUCGAGCUCUCCCUGGCAAUCGUAUGCGCGUGCCUUCCCACUCUGCGACCAAUAUGGCUCCACUUCUUCCCCAAACCUGUAGCGACACAAUCGGGUUCGGGCUACGGAUACGGUUCAUCAAGGCUCGCUGGGACGAAGAAUAGCAGCCUCGGAGUCAAGUUCGGCCGCAUGCCGUACGAGGAGAUUGAGGAGUUGGAGUUGACUCGCCACGAACAGCUUCCUUCUUUACCCCAUAACGGGGUCAUCGUAAGGGAAGUGACUAUCCAACAGACAACUGAGCAGUCGGAGGACUCGAGUACGACUAGCUUGAGAGGGAAGAGCCUCGGUGCGUAAACGGAGUUGCAUGAGCCAUGGUGACGACGCUCAAUUUCCUCUAUAAGGGGCUUGCAGCGGUC